CGCCUUCAAAGCCUUGAACCAUCUUGGGCAUGGUCUCCGGGGCCGUGUGCAGGUCACUUUUGUCUCUGAUUUGGGGACGGAAGAGGCUGGGAUCGACGGCGGGGGAGUCUUUAAGGAGUUCAUGGACGCCUUGACCAAACGCGCCUUUGACCCUCAGUAUGCUCUCUUCCGCGUCACCCCUGACCAUUUGCUCUACCCCAAUCCUCUCUCGGGACUGGCAGUCGGACCGGAUCAUUUGCAACAUUUUGCCUUUCUGGGUAAAGUCUUGGCGAAAGCCUUGUACGAAUCCAUCUUGGUGGAGCCACAGUUCGCCAUAUUUUUCCUGCAGCGGCUGGGAGGGAAGCUGAACGAGACGGACGACUUGUUCAGCCGCGACCCCGAGCUGUACCGGCAUUUGAUGUCCUUGAAAAGGCUGGCACGGGAAGGAGAGGGGGUCGGCGCGGGUGUGCGGGAUUUGU